AUGAACCUGGGGAACAGUGAGCCCCGCCAAGUCGCUGGCGAAUCAUCUCUUCAAAGCGGCCGCAGGGCGAACAAGCGCCGCCGCAACGGCCACAACGACGGAGUAGACGACGGACCGAAAUACCCCCCAGGAAGAGUGGCAGUACCAUCCUUCGAAUGCCCGUUUUGUAAAGAUGACCCGCACCGAUAUGCGGAGUGUAGGGGCUACCGGUUAACUCGUCUAUCGGAUGUCAUGCAGCACAUCAGUCGCCAACAUCGGAUAGGCGAGGUGAGACUAGGAUUUGAAACACUUGAGGAAGAGGACGUCGUUCUUUAUUGUGCCAGAUGCCGCUUUCUGUUCCGUGGCAGGGGUGCUUCACAUAGGCUUGAUAUCCACAUGAAUCCGGAAGUCGAAUGCCAGCCUGAGCCAGCCAAUAUCGAGCAAUCAGGUGUUAUGCUGCCCAAAGAAUACGAGGGGCUAAGAGAUGAACUUCGAUCAUAUCCGCGGCAUGACGAAACCUUUCGAUGGAAUAUCAUUUGGAACUGGUGUUUUCCCGGGAAACCCUGCCCAUCGUCGCCGUACAUCGAGAUUAUUCUGCCACGUGCAGAGGUGCAGUCGAUAAUUCAAGAUGAGCUUGCAUCUAUGACGGGUCUUUCGCAAGAAGAAGCUCAGUCUAUCGCUAGACGAUCUGCGGAUAGAAUCUAUAACACUUUGUCAGAACCCCGAAGUAGCCCCUCCGUACCUCCACAAGCACAGUCGGAUAGUGUGCAGAUAGCACCUGUAUCAAACUACCAUGUCCCAACCUACCUGGCUUCGAAUCCGACACUUACCUCUCAGCCUUUGCAAUCCCAAACGCAAGGUUACAACUCUCGCCCAGCCCAACUUGGUGUUUAUGGAAUGCCGACUGGAGGUCAGAGAAGCAAUUCCUUUAAUUGGAAUAAUACGUUGACUAAUUACAGUGCCCCAAGCCCAGUCCGGGGCUCUGGGGUAUAUGCGAGUUCUGGGAACAACUAUGCUCCCACUGAAUAUUUUACUGCUCAUGACUCUGUAUAUACUCAUGUGCCUUACGUUGGAGGCCUCAAUGGUUCGUUCCAGUCACCAAGUCAAAAUGACGACUAUGCGAACACAUACGGGAACGAUAUGGGUCCCCGCAGCUCACAGGAUUGA